AUGAUUCUUCUUCUUCUUCUUCUCUAUAUUCCCAUCACAUCCAUUUUCCCACCUUUCUUCCACCUAAACGCACAUCAUGCCACCUCAAUUCACCUCAUACAGACGCGAACCUGGUUGUGGCCACUGUUACUUGUUUUGCACCGGAACCGAUGCCCCUCUGUGCACAGACCUUGCAGGAUAGGAACGCGAUUGGCACUUAACCUAUUCUUUUCCCCCGCCUCCUCUUCUCAUUCUCAUACACAUCUUUCCUCUCUCUCCUCUAUAUCUUCUUCCUUCUUUCUACUAGACUUUAAUUUCCCUUCACCAUUCGCCCAAGCAAACUCUAUUCAUGAUGAACCGGUUCAAAGUAGGAAGGCACGCGUGCAUUACCGAACGCUCGACUGGACAUCCUCUGGCCUCUUGUCGCUCCGACCGGUGCCAAAGCGACUUCCACGUGCGUCCGGACGCAAGGUGCACACGCGCCACGAGAAUGGCUUUUCUCUUGUCUUUUUUUGUUUCUUACCAGAAGCAUCUUUUCUCUCUGUCUCUCUCUCCCCUCUUUCACAAUAUACAUUCCUUUCCCUUAGUCAGCCGCUUUCUUUUUCCAGAAUCAGUUUUCACCCCCCCCACCUGCUUUCUAUUUCCUUCAGACCUCAUCCCCAAUUUCUUUGCUUCCUUCUCCUCCCAACUCAUCUCCAAUUCACACUGAUGAUCAAUUAA